AUGCAAGCAACUAAUACUCCAGAAAAAGUUGCAAAGAGAAGAGGGAGACCUCCAAUCACAAAACAUUAUGCCAAUCCGUUGCAGAGUCCAAUGGCUCAUUCAUCGAAACAGGUCCAGAAGCAAGGCCUUACUGGUCAAAACACAUCAAAACCAUUAAUGAAAGUUGGCUCUAUGACUCCUUCGCCAAAGAAAAGAAAGAGAUCACAAAGUAUAACAUCAAAUAAUUCAUUCACAUCUGCUAGUGAGUUGAAUGGUUCAAAUAGCCAAAGUAGUUCUAACUUGGAUUAUAAAUCGAAGAGAAGCAACUAUAGAGGUGUUAUAUUAAUAACCCCACAAAGACAAUGCAUCUCAACACCAAAUAAGUCAAAAUCAGAAGGUAAUAUCGCAUCGGAAAGUGCUUUAUCUACUCCAAAUUCUACUAAUAGUAACAUUUUUUCAUCCACAUCAAGAGCUACAGCUUUAAGAUCAUCUCCUCCAACUGCAUCACCAUUGAUAUAUCAUAAUAAAAAGAGUAAUUUAACAAACCCUAUUUCGAAGAUUGCAUGUUUUGAUACGACAUCAAUCCCAAAGUCAAUUAAAAGACCAUUCUCGGAUUUCAAGUUAUCAUUUAGUAUUAACCCUGAUGGAAGAGCAUCAAUUCAAGGUUCCAAAGCUCAGUUAACUACCCCUACCUCAGCCUCUGAUAUGGCUGAGAAAACAAAAGAUGUUUUUGAAGACCCAUUACUUUCUAAUGCAUAUUCAAUCAAUAAGAACAACAGCAACAAUAAUGAUACAAAUAACAAUAGUAAUGAUAUUGAAGGUGUGGUAAAUAAGGAUCAUGUAUUAUCAUUGUUGAGAAAUUUGAGAAAUAAUAAAAUUGUUUCGAAUACUAACAACGUUUUAACAAGUACAAAUAGAAGUAACCAAAAAGUUACCACAGCAACUAAUUUACCUGUGAUUAUUGAAACGUCAACUUCUAUCUCAUCUUCGCCAAAAGUGAAAAAAUUAACUUCACCUAAGCAAAACGAUGCCACCAAUUCUUUAUUGCCUCCAACUACCCCUAAAUCUCAUUUUCAAUUUACGACAGGGUUCACACCGAUUGGUAUAGAUCAAAUAUUAUUAGAUGAAGCCAUUUUAGAUACUCCCAGGAAGAUCUUUAAUUCAUUUGAUAGUAAAUUCCAAAAUAUUACUGGUAGUACGAGCAUACUACUAUCUCCAAAAGCCAAGUUAUCUACAAAAACUGCUAAUAUAGGUUCAUCUAGUCAAGAGUUAGUUUUCAAAUUGAGCAGUGGCGAUCCACUUCUUUUAACAGAUAAAUACAUUACUAAUCCUUCAAAUACAAACACUAAUAUUAAUGAAAAUCCAGCACAAACUCAUUUACUGUUGGCGACGCCAUCGAAAAAGAGACAUUUUAAUACCCCACCAUCGUGGAUUAAUUUUGGAUCACCAAAAACUUCUGAUGCUAAUAGCAGCAAUAACAUUUUGUUACCUACGCAAUCAAAUCAACUUACAAUGACAGAUAUUAAAGAAGAAUCCAUGACAGCAAUAAAAGAUACAACUAAAAUAAUAUCAUCUCCAAAAUUUAAUCUUUUGAGUUCUCCCAGAAUUGAUCUCUCAAAUUUAUCACAGCAAUUUGACUUUUCUUUUGAUACAAGUCAAGGAAAUAAACGUUCAAUCUUAUUAACUGCAACACCAAAGCGCGUCGAUAAUACUACUUCAAAUCAGGAAUUACAAUUAUCUACAGUCAUCGAAUGCACCCCACUAAUACAGCAAACGAUGAAUGGAUCAUUAAAUUCUAAAAUACUAGGAACACUAAACAUGGAUGAUAUCCAACAUGAAUCAGGAAUGCAAGAUUGCUCUGUAGUUCCUAUCACAUCAAUUGCGGUGGAACAAGAUGAUGCAAGAAAUGCCUUAAGAAAACUAAUGAAUAAUCGUUAA